AAAUUUCUUGUCAGUGUCACAAUCACAACAUAUUUUCUGUAGAGAAGAAUAUUUUUCACUAUAUCAUUUUGGCUAUCAAAGAUAUUUGCAUUAAUUAAUUCUCUUAAAACAACUAAAAACCCUCAAAAAAAAUGAUAAAACAUUUCGAAAACACUUUCAUUCGUGGUCCAUCACCUUCAUAUUCUGAAGAUGCAGCAUCGGAAAAUGCUAUUCCCGUUGGGGGAGAACAUCAGACGAGCUCGGAAAAUUUUCUCGACCAAAAAUUUUCCACAUAUACUGGAGGCCAAAUGCACCAUCAGCAACCUCAUCAAAUGAAAGGUCGUAACACUUUUGCCUUUUGGACAAUAGUCACAUUGCUUCUUAUAUUAACUGUUGGUAAUCUAAUCCUAACACUCACAAUUAUUGGUGUUUUGCGUUUGGGCAAAGGUAUUCAAGGAAUGGAAAUGAUACCCGAAGAGGGUGUUUUGAAAUUCUACGGACUAACAGAUUUGGAUCGAAUUUACAAUAAAUGCGGUGGCCAAAUAGAUGGAUUUACUGAUGUUCCAGUAACAAUUACCGGUGACGACGGAAGUGUUACGGUCAAAAUCAAUCGAAAUGGCCAAACACAUAGUAAAAUGAUUAUGGAUAAGGAAGGAAUUCAAUUCAAAGGGGUUAAUACCUUUGAAAUUAAAGAUCCAAAUAGUGGUGAUGCUAUAUUUACCACUCACCGACCUCAUUAUAAUAUUCCAAAUGGUGCUGAUAACUUACAAGUGAAGGCGACUAGUGUCAGUAGAAUAACCAGUCCUAUUGGACGUCCAUUGACUAUUCAAAGUGAGAAUAAAAUCUUUGUAAAAGGAUCGGAAGGAAUAAAUAUGGAUGGACUAAGUGCAUUGUUUACAGCUGAGGGGAGCAUUUUAAUGAAUUCUACUCAGGGUGCAACUAUAAUGAUGGCUGGAGAUGGUGUUUUUCUAGACAUGGAAAAGGUUCCAAUUAUAAAUACCGAAUUUGGUAUUAGGACUGGAAGUGUUCAAUAUAAAAUAUGUGUUUGUAUGCCACAAGGACUACUAUUUCGCAUAGCAAUACCAAGAACACAUAAUGGACCGAAAAUUUCCUGUGCUCAUUUCAGUUCAAAGCAUGAUCCAUGUGCUUAAAUGAUUCGCAAUUAAUUUAACAUGUUAGUUUUAAGUAAAAAAUAUUAAAAUUAUAUUAAUUACACUCAUUUAUAUCAUAGAUAAAUUAAGAACAAACAGAUAAUAACAUGUUAGACAAUUCGAUUGGUUGUUUUUUAUAAAUAUCAAUAGCCGCUGAUUAUAAAGCAUUCGCAUAAACUUUGAAU